CAAAAUUACUCGCGAUGUCUGCUCAACCGGAGGAACUGGCAGAAGUCCAGGAUGUUCCACAGGAGGAAUCACAAAUUUUGGAACAAUCGGAAGAGGAUAUGCCCACCGUGAUCGAACACGAACCGGUGCCACCGGUAGAAGAGGGUCGCCUUGCACAUCUGGCCCGCCCAAGAACGUUACAGUUACAAGCAACGCUGUCCCAGUUUGAGCAUCGAUUUCAACCGAAAAUGGUUGACCGGAUCAAAUCGAAAAUUCUUGAGCAAGGGGGAGAGAUUAAGAAAUCGCGCUCUACCGUCAUGAAAAUUAAGGAAAGCGUUGAUAAAUCUCGCCAAAAGUCGCAUGAAAUUUAUGCGAACAUGCAGGCUCGAUUACGCCGGGUUGCCUUUGAUACGCUGGCCAGCAAGGUGCUGGAAUCGCUACCGCAAUUGCUGGUUCAGUUAGAGAAUGGAACGAAGCUACCGAAGGACAUGGAGAUGCUGAUGGACACGCUGUACGGCACGCCGGUGCCACACGAAGCGUAA